CUCAAAUGAUAUUCGUAAGGCAAGUGUUUCUCUGCCUCUUUCUUUCAUCCCAUUCAACUCCUUCCUGAUCCGCUCUCUGCUUCCUAGGGUUAGGGUUUCGAUCAUCUCUUCUCCCUUAAUCCUCGCCAUUUCUUCGACUUCUCUCCCUGUGAUGCAAGCUUCCUCGUCGGCGUCGGAGAGCACCAGCACCAAAACCAAGAAACCUCGGAUCGACGGCGAGAUGCCCCUCACCGACGCUAACGACGACUCGUUCCUCUUUCCGGUGGAGGAGAUUGUCCAGUACCCGCUUCCUGGCUACGUCUCCCCUUCCUGCAUCAGCUUCAGCCCUGAUGACCGCUUUAUUGGCUUCCUAUUCAGCCCUGAUGCGUCGCUUUACCGCAAGGUCUUCUUGUUUGAUCUCCAGUCGCGGAGCCAGGAGAUGGUUUUCAGCCCGCCGGAGGGAGGAGGCUUGGACGAGAGCAAUCUUUCGGCUGAGGAGAAGCUGAGGAGGGAGAGAUCGAGGGAGAGGGGAUUGGGCGUCACCCGGUAUGAGUGGAGGGCGAGGAACCCUACGGCUUCUGGUGGUCUUGGUGGUCAUUCCAUUAUGGUGCCUUUGCCAUCCGGGAUUUUCUUCCAGGAGAUAGCUGGCGGGGAACCUGAACUCAAAUUGCUAAGUGUUGCUGGCUCGCCUAUUAUUGAUCCGCAUUUGUCUCCAGAUGGAAGUAUGCUAGCUUAUGUGAAGGAUGAUGAACUGCAUGUUUUGCACUUGUCUAAUGGCGAGGCUAAACAGCUGUCUUUUGGGGCGAGAGGAAAUGCAAAGACCCAUGGUCUCGCCGAAUAUAUUGCCCAGGAAGAGAUGGAUCGGAAGGCAGGGUUCUGGUGGUCACCUGAUAGCAAGUACAUCGCAUUCACUGAAGUUGAUUCAUCAGAGAUUCCUCUCUUCAGAAUCAUGCACCAGGGUAAAGAUUCUGUUGGUCCAGAUGCACAGGAAGAUCAUGCUUACCCCUUUGCUGGUGCUUCCAAUGUUAAAGUCCGAAUUGGUGUUGUUUCCAUCAGUGAUGAACAGGUUACUUGGAUGGAUCUUCUUUGUGGUAAAUUCGAUGGAGUUGGUAGCAAUGAAUAUUUAGCUAGAGUCAAUUGGAUGCCUGAUAAUACUCUUAUUGCCCAAGUUCUGAAUAGAUCUCACUCGACAUUGAAGAUUCUCAAGUUUGACAUUUGGACAGGGAAAAAGGAAGUUAUAAUGGAAGAAAAUCAGGAUGUAUGGAUUAAUUUACAUGACUGCUUUACGCCUCUAGAUAAAGGAAUAAAUAAAAUUACUCAUGGCUUUGUUUGGGCCAGUGACAGAACUGGCUUUAGGCAUCUGUAUCUGUAUGACAAGAAUGGGAUUUGCUUAGGACCUAUCACAGAAGGUGAUUGGAUGGUUGAGCAAAUUGUUGGUGUGAAUGAUAAUGCAGGACUGAUCUACUUCACUGGAACGAUGGAUGGUCCCCUUGAGUCUAACUUGUAUUGUACAAGCCUGUUUCCCGAUUGGAACCUUCCAUUGCAACCUCCACAGAAGUUGACUCAUGAAAAAGGCAGGCAUACGGUAAUUCUUGAUCAUCAAAUGCAGAAAUUUGUUGAUGUUCAUGAUUCACUGAACACACCACCUAGAGUACUGCUUUGUUCACUGCAUGAUGGAAGUUUGAUAUUGCCUCUUUAUGAGCAGCCACUCCCUAUCCCCAGGUUUAAGAAACUUCAACUUGUGCCACCAGAGAUUGUCCAGUUAUCAGCAAAGGAUGGGACUGUUUUGUAUGGUGCUUUAUACAAGCCUGAUGUAGAUAGGUUCGGACCCCCUCCUUACAAAACACUAAUCAAUGUUUAUGGUGGUCCAAGCAUCCAGCUUGUAUGUGAUUCAUGGAUGAAUACUGUUGACAUGAGAGCUCAGUAUCUACGUAACAAGGGGAUCCUCGUGUGGAAGCUUGAUAACAGAGGGACUGCAAGGCGAGGACUGAAAUUUGAAAGCCAUCUAAAGAAAAAUUUUGGUAGAGUAGAUGCAGAAGAUCAGCUCACUGGUGCUGAUUGGCUUGUGAAACAAGGUCUUGCUCAAGCUGGACGGAUUGGCCUGUAUGGAUGGAGUUAUGGUGGUUUCCUUUCAGCCAUGAGCCUAGCAAGAUAUCCUGAUAGUUUCAGGUGUGCUGUCUCUGGGGCGCCUGUCACUUCAUGGGAUGGGUAUGACACAUUCUACACUGAAAAAUACAUGAAUACACCCAAGGAAAGUCCUGAGUGCUAUAAGAACGGAUCUAUUAUGCAACAUGUUCACCGGAUAAAAGGGAAACUACUGCUAGUUCAUGGUAUGAUUGAUGAAAAUGUGCAUUUCAGGCAUACAGUGCGGCUUGUAAAUGCGCUUAUUGAUGCUGGCAAGCCAUAUGAGCUCUUGGUAUUCCCGGAUGAGCGUCAUAUGCCUCGGCGACUUCGGGACAGAGUUUAUAUGGAAGAGAGGAUUUGGGAGUUCAUUGAGAGGAACUUGUAAAGCGAGACAUUCUGUUUAUUAUUAUUAUUAUUUUUUUUGUUGUUGUUUUGAGCGAGGAUGGUUCUUUCUUUUGAUCAAUUUUUUUCUUCUACCUGCAAUGCAUAAGUUAUAAGUCUCAUGGAGUUUCUGCCAAUAAAGGAAAUUCAGAGUUUGAUUGAUU